GCUUGGACCGGUUCAACUACAGAUGUCUCGGCGACAAGAUGUUGGCGAGGCCUGUGUUGAUCUGCGUCGCCGUGCCUUGCCUUUCUGCGGGCAAAAACGGUCAGAAGUCUGGGAAAGCCCAGUGCUACUUGUGCCACUAUCACACAUGCGUGGUGGCCUCUUCGGUGGCUCGGCGCAGCUGGGAGAAGCCGUGGCCACCGUGGCCGUUUCCUUUUUGGUGGACACAGAUCCCGAGACCAUCUUGGCGGCUACAGAGGCACCUAGCCUAAAGCAAGUCAGAGCCGACUUGGCAGAACGGGCUGAAGGCUUCAUGCGUCAAGUCUACGAGAUCCCAACACCUCUAGGUUGGUUCAAUUUCGAAUCGCAGGGCCAGGAGGAAGUCACAGGUUUGAGGACCAUGACGCCCAAUGAAACCAUGGAAGCCUCGGAAAGGGCCAGAGAGCGCAGUGAUCAGGUGCCGCACGACCCUGGCCUCAUCUUAUCACCUGAUGUGCAACCAGAAGGCUGGAUUCGACGGAAAGGCCCCCAUGGCAGAUAUCACUGGCAUCAUCGAUCCUUGGGCCUUGCUCCAUGGGAACUCGAGGAGCCCAGCGCGGAGCUGCCAAAGUCAGCUCAAGGUGCCGGUGCCAAGACGCGGGCGAACGCCCCGAGCCUUCCUCGAGUGGCUGAAGAUUCACCUUUGAGUCCAAGUUUUGACUGAGCGGAGUUUUUCCCGUGCGGCGAGUUGUGCAAAGUUUUCACAGCGGGAAACUGGGGAAAACCGUUGGUAUAUUUUAUGGCAUAUCCUGUGCUUAGC